GUAUGGAUAAUCCGGGAAGUCAGAAUGUAGCAACCUGCAAGCCCAUCACAACGUUUGUUCAAACCGACACCAACACCUUCAGAGAUGUCGUGCAACGGCUAACGGGUCCAUCAGAUAACAACAUUGCAGUGCCAGAGGUAGGAGUGGAAAAACCAGCCACACCAAAGAAGCCAGCUUCCAAGCUUCAUGAAAGAAGGCAAUGUAUGAGGCCAAAGCUAGAGAUUGUCAAGCCUCCUCCAAGUUUUAAAGCCAUUGGUGCAACACUAUCGUCUAAAUCAGGUAAUAUUACUACCGUUUUAAAGAGUCCUGUGGGCACCCCUUCUUCUUUGUUCUCCACCUUGUCCUUAAUGGAAGAGGAGAAAGCAGAAUCAGAUAUAUAUACACCAAACUCCGAAGAAGAGGAGAAAGCCAUUCGAGAAAGAGGCUUUUACUUGCAUCCAUCACCAAGAUCUAAACCAGGGCAUGCAGAACCAGAAUUGCUUCAAUUGUUUCCUCUUACAUCUCCUAAUUCGAGUUGCAAGCCACGAAUUCAAUAGAUUUCUCGUAAACUUUUUAUCAGCAUGUAAUUACCAACUACGUAAAAACGAAGUUUCACUUUACAUCAUUU